GUCAAAGCCAAAGGGGACGCUCACGUACAUUGGACAGAGGGUACUGGAGAUGACAAGAAGACGUACACUGCACACAGGAGGUACUUCAAAGAAAAAAAAUACUGCGUCCCAGAAAAGGAUUCAGGUAUGCUGAAUAAAUGUUCGGUCCUUAAAUACGUCCUACUCGUGGCACUUAAGAAAAGUUUGUUGUGUUCAGAAAUUGUGUACGUCACUUUCAGAAGCUAACAAGACAUCUCCGUAGACACGUUAGCUGAGCUAUAUUGUGCCCAAACUGCUUUUAAUGUUGCUUACUUAGCGACUUUCCACAUCGCUGACGGCUUCUAUCGUCAAAACAAUCUCCUUUUGUGUUGUAAAGUGUUGUCAUGCACAUUAUUUGUAAGGUGUUGUUUCUAAAAUCUAGCUGUUGGCUACGAAUGUAAUUAAGUAGCAGUAAACACAUCUAUCAACCGACUUACAGGAGCGUCGUGCACAUUGAACUUAAAGGGAACACGCCUCUACUUUUUUUAUUUUCAAGUUAGCUGAGUAAAGAGAAACGCUAUAUUCUCUAUUGACGUCCAGUGUUUGAAUUAACAUCAAUAGGAACAUUUACAAAACCCCCCUCUCUUAAGGUUUUUGGUGCUUUCCAAUUAAGGAUAGCUUUCAUUGCCAAACAUGUUUUCACAGACAGUGUUUGCUACUGUGCUGCAGUAUAGAAAGUCAAGUAUAAAAAGGCAACUAUUGCAAGUCAAUAGACAGUAAGUGUUUCUGAACAAAUAAACAAACUACAGACUGGAACAUCCAUGUAGAGAAACUGAGAGAAAGUUGGAGGAAGCUAAAACAUGUCUCAGUUCACACCCUGUAAACACAGAUAAAUUAGUAAAUUCCUGAGACCUUCAGGAUUUCCAUAUUUAAAAAUAAUCUACAAUCAGUGGUUGAACCAGUGUUUACUGGUAGUCAUUGGCUAUAGUUUGUAAAAAAAAUAAAAAAAUAAAAACCAUUGAAAUUAAUCAUACUAAACAGAAGGUAGCUUUUACAUGCAGGAACUUAGGGUAGACACGAGGUCAUGCAGACAUUUACAGGAACUGCCACAUAAUGAGCCAUUUCAGCCUUUGCGUUUCCAUUGUGGGGAAGGAUCCAUUAGCAGAGUGAAAUAGAGCAAAAGUGAAACAAUGGAGGGUUUAUCAUGUCAGCCCAUGCAGUGAAUUCUACAUUGAAGAUGGCAAUGAAGACUGCUACUUGAUAGGGACAUGAAGAGGGCAAAAAUGACACUUGUUGCCCAAUCACAGUUGAGACCCACACAAUAUUUUUCACAGCCGCUCAAAAGUAUCUACCAUGGAAUUAGUGCUUUUUUUCUCCCCCUGAAAUGGCUGUAAAUAGGUUCUGAAAGGGAGAUUCUUCAAGUCGAAGCACACGCAAAUGUUCCUGCAGUGGAAAACAGCAUACAGAUGGACAAAGGGCAAAGUGGAGAGUUAAAUACUGCAAUAAAAGUAAACUUUAUUAUGUUGAGAAUAAGAACUAACUUGUCUUCAAUCAUAGUAUUCCCCCAGAGAAGAAAGCCCUUUUCAUCAACAUUUCUUGUUCAAAAUUGCUAUUAAAUUCAGUAGUGACCUGACAUGACAAUCAGGGAACUCAAAUGUAAACAUGAAUCCAAACAGAGGCACUUUAAAUCAAGGAUAUGAGUGGAGUAAAAGCAGGUGGAUGCUAGGCCGAAACCACAAUUAACAAAUGGAGCAGCCUGAAGUAGUUGCAUUAUUCUGAGAUGAAGUACAAGCAAAAGCAAACCAGACGAGUCAAAAGCUGAAAUGCAGAGUUCAGAAUUAAAUAAUUUUAGCAGUUGCUAAAUACGCAAGGAUUAAAUAGCUAUAGACAAAAGUCUACAGACAGAGCAGCAACCCAGACUAGUGCUGAAAGCAAACAAACUGCAGGAGUAUUGCUUAACAGGUAGCCGUUAUGGCCUGAGUGGUCACAACUGGUUAAGAGAUAGGAGUUGGAUCUGGAGCUGAGCUAGGCUGAGAAGGAGGUUGCAGUGAUAGUUUUGUCUAGAGUUACAGGAGGAAGUCGGGGCAGAUCAGGUAACCAGCGGCAGAGCAAACAAGAGUCAACAGAGAGUCAGCAGCAUACAGGCAAAUCUGAGUCUACAUUUUGGGGUGGAAAUCUGAACUGGGUCUAUAGAUUGAUAUAUAGGUAUUUUAUUGAUCCCAAGGGAAAUUUACAUUUGUAGCAGAAGGAGAUGAAUAGCGUCAGGUGACCAAGUCUUCCUUGCCGCUGUAUCCACUCUUGUAUUUAGCCCUUAUCAACCACAGCCACACCUAGAGGGAAAAAGAGAACGUAAGAGAACAAGUGGGUGUGGUUUAAGGUCGAAAUCAUAGGGAAUGACAUUGAAAAGUAAAUUAUUGAUAGUGUUGAUAGCAUGUGUAUGCCUUUGUUGUGUGACAUGAAGCUGCUGUGAGUUGCAAGUAAACUUGUAUGAUGAAUUUAAAUGUUUCAUGGUAAAAAUAUGGAGCUGUGUCACUGUGCCCCUUUGAAGUUUAUUUGCCAGUGUGAGCUUCCCAUAAUAUAAAAUACUUUAUUCUAGCUCUGUGAAAACCCUGACAUUUGUAAAGUUGAUAAAGAAGGUGUUAACCAUUGUCACUUCUUGAGCAGGCACUGUACUUUCCAAAGGGCCCCAUCAGUUCCAAUUCAGCUUUAGAAUCCCACAAGAGGACAUUCCGUCAUCAUUUAUGGGGUCUAGUGGAAGAAUUGUUUACCUGCUUGAAGCAAGCGUAUCAAGGAGCUGGCGAUUUCCUUCUUCCAUACAAAAAGAGCUCAGAUUUGUUUCAAAGUCCUUUCCACACAUCGGUCAAGCCCUGUGUCCACAGUCUGGUUCAGUGAGUAAAGAAGUGGGGACUUUCUCCAAAGGACAGGUCAAUCUGUCUGCCACUGUUAACAAAAAGGCUUGCUAUCCAGGUGACACUUUAUCUGCUUUUGCCAACAUCUCCAACAACUCUUCCAAAGACGUGGCGUCCAAAUUCAAUUUACUGCAGAAAACAGUGUACCGCGCUGGUGGCAACACUAAUGUUGUUGAGAAAAGUCUUUUCAAAUCAGUCGGGGACAUUAUCCGUCCAAACACAGAGGCAACAGCCUCUUGCCAAGUGAAGAUUCCUGAUGAUACGAUCUACACUGUCCAUAACUGUGAAAUCAUCUCUGUUGAAUAUUACCUGAAGGCAUAUGUGGAUAUCAGUUUUUCCUUUGACCCAGAAGUGGUAUUUCCACUGGUUCUUGUUCCUUCGAGUGUUCUUGCAUUUUACGCUGCUGAGCCUAUGGGGCCGUACCAACCUGCCGCUGUCGGAGGACAAAGUCACAGCGAUUUCCCUCCUCCUGCCUUCCCUAUGGGACCAAAUCCUGUACCCAUAGCCGCAGGUGCUUGUCAGUACCCACCACAUCCCACUCAGCAAGUGAACAUGGCAAGUGGCUAUAAUAACCAGUGGCCACAACAAACCACUCCGUAUGGUUUUCCACCUGCUGCUUUCCCACCGGCAGCUUACCCGCAGUCUUCAGUGCAGCCUGCAGUUCCUACAGCUCCUACAGCUCCUACAGCUCCACCUCAGUUUCCACAGGGAGAAAACCCUCCACCCUAUAUGGCCCUUUUCCCUCCUGCUCAUGAUUUUCUUGGCAGGAGUGGGCCAGAUCAAAAAAGUUGAGCUCCUGACAUAACUUAACACAUAAGAUAAUGAUAAAAUGCUGAAAGAGGAUGAAGACAUUUGCACUAUUUAUAAUUCAGCCUAUCAAGUUAUUACUGUUUUCAAUUGUGCUUGAAAUAAUCUCUGCAUGUCUGUCAUGUUGAAUGAUGUACAGAUUAUACAACUACCUAUAACUCUGUGUAUUCUUGAGCUGUGAAUUGUCAACAUAUUAUAAAGGAAUCUUUCUUUUGCAAAUUUUUAUAAAUAGGUCUGAAUUAAUGUUAUUGAUAAGACUAACUUAUGGUAUAUGCAUUGGUUCUGCAGUUUUUACUAAGUCCAGAGUGUCUUUUGUACUCUGUAAAUUACCAUUACUACUUUUUCAUUUGAUUUUUUUUAUAUAUAGAAUGGAUUUUAUUCACUUUUAUAAUGGUAAAGAUGUAAGAUAUUUGAAAAUAUCCUUUAUUCUAUUUGACCUUAAGAUUUUUUUUAAAGAUUUUUUAUUUGGAUGUUGAGAUUUAUAGUUGUCAUUAUGUUUUUGUAAUUUUGUAUCUUGAUAAGGCUAUUUUGACUGUUGAUGUACAGGCAUUAAGUAAGUUUAAGUUGAUCAUCAGACUAACUGAUCCAAGUAGUCCUCUGACUGGAUGGUUGAGAUGCCUCUCGUAUGUGUGGGGAGGAAAUGUUGACUUGUUGCCCAUAUACCUUAUGAUGACGAUAUAACAGACCAAAGAAAUAUUUCAGCAGUAAGUUUGUGGGAAUUCUUGUCAUUAUUUUUAAAUGUAUAUGUUUAUCGGUGCUGUGUAUGUGUCUCUCAUUAAGGGCAAUUACAAAAUAAAACGUGAACACUCA